AGCUAGAGGCCAGCAAGAUGGCAGAUGAAGCCUUAGCUGGCCUGGAUGAAGGAGCCUUGAGAAAGCUGUUGGAGGUCACUGCUGAUCUGGCCGAGCGGCGGCGCAUCCGCUCAGCCAUCCGGGAGCUGCAGCGGCAGGAGCUGGAGCGCGAGGAGGAGGCCCUGGCAUCCAAGCGCUUCCGCGCAGAGAGGCAGGAUAACAAGGAGAACUGGCUGCACUCUCAGCAGCAGGAGGCUGAGCAGCGGGCUGCCCUGGCUCGCCUAGCUGUACAGCUGGAGUCUAUGAGUGAUGUUGAGGAGCUGACCGUGCUGCUGCGAAGUGCUGCAGAGUACGAGGAGCGAAAACUGAUCCGAGCUGCCAUCCGCCGGCUUCGGGCCCAGGAGAUUGAAGCCGUCACCUUGGCAGGGAGAUUGUGCAGUGGGCAUCUGAACAGUGGUUCUAGAGAAGACAGCCAGGGCCGGGCAGCACGCAGGCUGGCACGGUGUGAGGUAAGGGGUGCACAGGAACAGGAGCAGCUGACUGAGGGCCCCAAGCACACCCCAACUCCUGAGCCCAGCAGCCAGAACGUGACGACAGUGACAGUUCUGCUGCAGGCCCCACCUGGGGCCACCCCCAGCCCACCUGCAUCACCCAACACUUCCCCCUCUUCGGCCUCCCCGGAACCUCCCCUGGAGUCCACUAAGCCCCAGGUUCCUGAUGCAGAGGCCCUGGGCAGCCCUGAACGACCCUCCAGCCUGCCCAUCGCCACCACUCCUGAGCCUGAGGAGCAGCCAGCACCCCCUGAUACUGAGGAACGGGUGGUCAAUACGCUCCUGACUGAUCCCCCAGAGCCCGCUGUUGCCCACAGCCCCAUCAGAAGUCCUUCGGACACAAAGAGAACAGACCUUGCUGGACCACGUCCUUGCCAACGUUCUCUUUCUUUGCUCAGCCCCCGCCAGCCACCUCAAACACAAGAGUCCACCCCGCUUGCCAGCGGUCCUUCCCCAUUCCAACGGACUGGCUCGGUGAGGGACCGAAUGCGCAAAUUCACACCGGACCCCCCCAGGACAAUGGGGCUCCAGCACGGCCCACCCCAGGCAGCUCUGGGUCCCUCGACCCCUGCCAGGCUCCCAGGCCCCACCUUCGUCAACACCACCCUUGCCUCCUCCUCCAGCGGCUCCUCACGCCCAAGUGAUGCAUCCUCCCGGUCCAGCAAGGAGAAGCCAGGGACAGCCCGGCCCUUGGCCCAGCUUCAGAGCUGCCCCCAGGAGGAGGGCCCCCGGGGGCGGGGCUUGGCUGCCAGGUCCCUUGAAAACGGAGCAGGGGGGGCUGGGGCCUGCUCAGAGGAGCCCAGUACCCUGCUGCCCGUGGCUGUGGGUACUGCUGAGCCAGGGGGCAGUAUGAAGACCACAUUCACCAUCGAGAUCAAGGAUGGCAGAGGCCAGUCUACCCCAAGUCGGGUGCUGCUGCCCGCAGGCAGCCAGAGGGCAGAACUGACACUGGGGUUACGGGCUUCCCCAGCCGUCCUCAGCACCAGUCGUGGAGGGAAGAGCUCCAUCACUCAAUUCAGCAACCCUGGGACACCGAGCCGGCUGGCCAGUGUCACACAUGUCACCAGCUUUAGUCAUGCGUCUCCCGGGAACCGGAGAGGCUGCAACGUUAAGAUGGAGCCAGAGCCAGCAGAGCCCCCCUCUGCGGCAGUGCAAGUUGCUAAUGAUACUCAGCAGACUCAGGGGGACAAAGGUCCUGAAAGGCGGAGUCCCCUGAGCGCUGAAGAAUUGAUGUCCAUUGAGGACGAGGAUGUCCUGGACAAAAUGUUGGACCAGGCUACGGAUUUUGAGGAGAGGAAGCUCAUCCGAGCCGCCCUUCGAGAGCUUCGACAGAAGAAGAGAGAUCAGAGAGAUAAGGAGAGAGAGCGGCGGCUGCAAGAGGCCCGGGCCCGGCCGGGGGAGAGCCAAGGCCAUACAGCCACCGAAACCACCAUGCGACACAGCCAGCGAGCUGCUGGCGGCAACGCUGUCAGCACCGUUACCAAGACAGAGAGGCUCGUCCACUCCAAUGAUGGCACUCGGACGGCCCGUACCACUACAGUGGAGUCGAGCUUUGUGAGGCGCUCAGAGAAUGGUGGUGGCAGCACAUUGGUACAGACCAAGACCAUUUCUUCCUCCACCUCCUCUUCCUCCAAGAAGAUGGGCAGCAUUUUCGACCGCGAAGACGAGACGAGUCCGCGGCCAGGGAGCCUGGCAGCACUUGAGAAACGCCAGGCAGAGAAGAAGAAAGAGCUAAUGAAGGCUCAGAGUCUGCCCAAAACCUCGGCCUUGCAGGCACGCAAGGCCAUGAUUGAGAAAUUAGAAAAAGAAGGCAAUGCAGCCGGAAGUCCCGGCAGUCCCCGUGCAGGCGUGCAGCGUUCCACGAGUUUUGGGGUCCCGAAUGCCAACAGCAUCAAACAGAUGUUGCUUGACUGGUGCCGGGCAAAGACGCGUGGCUAUGAGCAUGUAGACAUCCAGAACUUUUCCUCGAGUUGGAGUGAUGGCAUGGCCUUCUGUGCUCUGGUGCACAACUUCUUCCCCGAGGCCUUCGACUACGGGCAGCUCAGUCCACAGAACCGGCGCCAGAACUUCGAGGUGGCCUUCUCAUCUGCUGAGACCCAUGCGGACUGCCCGCAGCUCCUGGACACUGAGGACAUGGUGCGGCUGCGAGAGCCUGACUGGAAGUGCGUGUACACGUACAUCCAGGAAUUCUACCGCUGUCUGGUCCAGAAAGGGCUGGUAAAAACCAAAAAGUCCUAACCCCUGUUGGAACCCCACGGAUGCUGGUGGACUGCGUGCCCCUCGUGGAGGUUGAGGACAUGAUGAUCAUGGGCAAGAAGCCCGACCCCAAGUGCGUCUUCACUUAUGUGCAGUCGCUCUACAAUCACCUGCGGCGCCAUGAGCUGCGCUUACGUGGCAAGAAUGUCUAGUCUGACAGCCCCCCACCUGCAGCGAGCUGCCCACCACCCCAGGCACUGGCCCCUCUCGCCUGCCCACCGCUGCCCCCUACUGCCCCGACACCUUUCCCUGCACACGCAGAGUUUUGAUAAAUUAUUGAUUUUCAAUGACCUGGA